CAUAGUUAGCCCCAGACUCAAAAAAAAAAAAACAAUUGGCUGUCUUACAACUCAAAACCGUGUUCUCUGAAUAAUUUCUAUCCAUAUCCUUGGGGCCGUGGUAUAUCCCAUUAAGGCCAUAACUGGUAACAGCUAGCUUCUUGUUACAUAUAUUUAUUCAAACUAUUUUCUAGUUCAAGUAUAUACCCAGUUCAAGGUUCUUUGAUUUAGCAGACUGGUUUCAAUUAAUCCAGGUUUCAUCAUGAAGACCACACACGAUAUAGCUUCUUCUUCUUCUUCUUCUUCACCCUCCUCUUCUCCAAUUACAAUAUUGGAAGAAAAGCCUAGUUCAAGUUCACCAAAAAAAUCAGCUUUGGGAAGAUUGCGUCUUAAAUUGUCGCCAAGCAGAAAGGCAGAUAAGCGUUCUCUUUCCCUAACUGGUUCCAAUGCAAGCAGAAACUACAGCAGCGAGCUCCAAAGGGUGUUCAAUUACUUUGACGAGGAUGGAGAUGGUAAAAUAUCUCCUUCUGAGUUACAAAGCUGUGUGAGGACUGUUGGGGGCGAGCUGUCAAUUGAUGAGGCAGAAGCAGCUGUGAGGACCUCUGAUUUGAACGGAGAUGGGCAGCUUGACUUCGAGGAAUUCCGGAAACUAAUGGACACAGGAGGAGAGGAAGACAAGAAUGAGGAGCUGAGAGAGGCUUUUGGAAUGUAUGAGAUGGAGGGGUCAGGUUGUAUUACCCCCACAAGCUUGAAAAUGAUGCUCAAUCGACUGGGUGACUCCAAGUCCACUGAGGAUUGUAAAGCUAUGAUUCGAAUGUUUGAUCUCAAUGGAGAUGGCGUCUUAAGCUUUGAUGAGUUCCGAAUUAUGAUGCGCUAAGUCUUAUCCAUUGCUGUUUACUAGAAAUGAGAAUGUUUGUCUGUUUCCUUCAAUGAAUGGUUUUUGUUCUUACUUUAAUCUGUUUGUUACCUUACACAUUGUAGAGUAAAUAAUUUCCAAUAAUCUUGGAGAAUAAAUAGCUUAUUUUCUAUAA